AUGGAUCGGCGCAGAGAGCAACCACCGAAAUCGGUGGAGACUCCGCCUCCGGCAGUUCGAAAAGCGGAGGCCGUAAAACUUUGUUUCUUGAUGAAUGAUAGGGAGAAGUUCGAUUUGACGGAGCUACUGAAAUCCUCGGCCGAGGUGUUGGGAAGUGGAAGCUUCGGGGCGUCGUAUAAGGCGGCGAUACGGACAGAGCCAGCAAUGGUGGUGAAGAGGUUUCAGCAGAUGAAUAACGCGGGGAAAGAAGAGUUCCAUGAUCAUAUGAAAAGCUUGGGGAGAUUGAGACAUAAGAACUUGCUUCCCCUCAUUGCUUACUUUUAUAGGAGGGAAGAGAAGCUUCUCGUCUCCGAUUUUGUUCCCAAUGGAAGCUUGGCUGCUCAUCUUCAUGGUCAUCGUAGCCUAGGUCAACCGCCUCUCGACUGGCCAACACGGUUGCGCAUCGUGAAAGGUGUAGCCAGAGGCCUCUACCAUCUCUACAAAGAGUUACCAGGUUUAGUAGCACCCCACGGCCACCUCAAAUCCUCAAACGUUCUCCUGAACGAAUCCUUUGAACCUCUCCUCAUGGAUUACAGCCUAAUCCCAGUUAUCAACCAAGAAAGCGCUCAAGAACUCAUGGUGGUUUACAAAUCACCGGAGUACGUCAAAACCGGGAGAAUAACGAAGAAAACCGACUUGUGGAGCCUCGGGGUAUUGAUUAUAGAGAUUCUGACGGGAAAAUUCCCUACGAAUUUCUUGCACAAGGGGAAAAGGAACGAUGAUCAGGAUUUGGCAGUGUGGGUGACGUCCGUUGUGGGUGAUGAUCAUGAAGAUUAUGUGAAGAAGAUUGAUUUGAUUUUGGAUAAAGAUAUUGGGGAAAUAAGCGAUGGUGAUAGACGGUUGAUUGUUGAGUUGUUGAAGAUUGGGUUGAGUUGCUGUGAAUUGGAUAUGGAGAAGAGAUUAGAUUUGAAGGAGGCUGUGGAGAGAAUUGAAGGAUUAAAUGUUGAUGAGAAAGAAUGAUGA